AUGUCUGCGCGCCCCGAUUCGCCCAAGAUGGCCAAGAUCCCUGAUGGUUCCUCUUUCACUUGGAUCUUUGACCAUAUUGCCCGCUACCCUGCUACCUACGAAAUUCCCCUUCGCGACAUGUACGCCCUCAAUUGCCAACCGAGCAGGUCUUUCGUGGCCGGCAGCACCUCGCCGGAAACCGCGUUUAGCCCUCGGAACUCGACCUCGACUCAGGCCUCGAACUCCUCGCAGGAAAGCUCCGUGGAUGCUGCCGCCGACUUCCGCUCCCAAUUGAUCCACCAGAUCGCUCGGAUGCCCUCUCAGCCUUGCUCGCUCCCGCCCAGCUUUUUGACCUCCUUCCUCCGCCGUUGCUUCCCCCAGGACCUGGAGCAGGUGGACUUCCCCCAAAGCUUGACUGCUUUGGACUACGCCAAGGACUUGCAGAACCGCUGGAAGAAAGAAAUGUCUCUUGCCCUGCAGCGAUUGAACAUUAGCCGUAGUGAAGCCGAUAACAUCAAGAAUUCGGAUCUGGCCGCCAAUUAUCCCGGAGUCGUGUCUUGGCUCGAGACGAUCAAUGCCAAGGGCCGGAUUCUCGAGGCAUUGUACACCCAGAUCUAUGUGGGCCUGCGUCGCUGGAUGAUUAUGAAUGAGGUUCUCCUGGAGCCGCACAACAAGCAUAACCACAUCGCUCUGCUCAACACCCUCUAUCCUCCCAUCUCGCCCUCGACCGUGACUCCUACUCCUCAGUUGACCUACCAAAUUCUCAAGAUGCACCGCGACGCGUUUUUCAAGACUAUCAACAAGGUCAGCACUCGCGGCACGGGUCCUGUGUACCAGAUGAUUCACCAGGGAGAGGGUGAAGAGGGUGAGGGUUCGUGGCCCGCCGUCCACAAGACUCUUGAAAAGUUCCUCGAUCUGGUCAACGAAAUGAUCGAUGAGUGUGUUUUGGUCAAUGAGCCUAGUCACUUUGUCAGGUCCAACAGCUCCUCCCGUAGCAAGACUCGCAAGUUUGACUCCGGCUGCAGCUUUGGCACCACGGGAACUACCGAGUCUGAUAUGAGCAUCGCCGAGGGUGUUAUCGACAAACCCCUCCCACACUUCCCCGUCCCCAUGGACGAGAACGAGACCAAUACUUCGAACAAAGGCUCAGUCUUGGAGCGCCUUGCCCGCGAGCUCCGCUCUCUGGGCCCUGCUGCCAAGCUUCGUAACCUCCGGAAGAUGAAGUCCACCACUGCUCUUACUCGGCCUGGCAGCCAGCACAGCAGCACCUACAAUUUCUCCCUCUUCGAAGUCUCUGAGGAGAAGCGCGAGCGCCUGAUUCGCGAUGCGUACACUCGCAAGAACUCUCAAUCUCAGGUGUCGACCACCACUGACAACCAGUAA